AUGGCUCCGCUCCGAAGAUGGAAACCAAGAUACGGCCGCUACAAGAAGGCAGAUCUCGUCAGAUUUGCAAGAGAGCGUAACCUCACGGUCCCCUCGAGUAAGCCAGGCGAGGCUCCCAGCUAUUCAGACUACAAGAAAGCGCUCGGGGCUGCUGACCGCGAUGCCACCUUUCGCUUCCUCGACCUUCCUCCAGAACUGCGCACUCUCAUCUACGACGAUCUGCUCAUCCUCAACAAUUCUUACACCUGCUUCCCACAAAUUCUGAGGACUUGCAGGCAAAUCAAGAACGAAGCUACGAAUACGCUGUACGGCCACAAUCUCAUCGACAUCAAGAUCUGGCCGGACGGUAUUCGUGCGCACGGACAGCGCUGCGGCAAGUAUAGACAUACUGCUGCUGAUCUCACACUUUCCGACACAAGCCGAAUCCAGUGGCCUGACUUCCUCCACCAAGCUCAGUUCGUCCGGGUCUCGCUAGCGUGGGGCGUCUGGCGCAAUGUUCACACACACCCGCCAACCACGCUAUCAGAGCUCUCCAAGCGGAUCUUCAUCAGCAGCAUUGUCCUCUCACUCUGCGAAGCUCUGGCGAAGAAACACCGACUGCGAAGCAUACAAUUCGACUUUGACCGGGUAGCUCACAACGAGACUCAGCUACAUCAAAUGCUGUAUCCAGUACGUCUCUUGGGGGCUGGCGUCCAAGUGGCCACGCUCGCAGGACUACCUGUCAUUCUCUCACGAGAGGAACUCGACAUCGACUUCCUUGCUGCAAGUCCGUGGAAGAAAAUGCAGGUCAUUCGCAAAUGUCACCACGUGGCAAGUCGAGCCCUUUCCAUUAUGUAUGGUGGGCAGGGCGCACCUCUUGACAUGCUGCUCUUUGGCGCUCUUACCGCAGCGGACGUGCUGAAAUGGGCUGCGCGCGAUCCGUACCAUCUGCGAAAUGUACUGACUGCCAUCUUCGAGAAGGCUAUCGUCAGGUUGCGCUGUGUCAUCAAUGCGUCUGGUCCGUCCUUGGGUGCAGACUGGCGGAAUGAAGCGUUGCUGUAUGAGAUGUAUCAGCUCUCUCGGCUGGAUAUCGACUUGAAGGUUGGGAGGCUGGCAAUGUGA